AUGGGAAAGGAAGACGAGGCGUUUGAGCGGCUACUAGUUGAUUUCACGAAGAGACGCCGCAAGCGAAUGCGGAGCCUCGAGGCGCACCUCAAUGAAACCAAGAGAAUCCUCGAGUCGGAGAUGGAUGUACAGCACACACCCAUCUCGGCCAGACUCAAGGACGAAGACAGCGCCUUGAAGACGCUACGUCGGCGUCAGGAAGAGCGCAAGCAACUGCAGGAGCUGGAGAACUUGGAGUGGAACAUGGAGAACAAGGUAGCCGAGGCCAGUCCCUUCAAGUCAGUCGACCAAAUGUUUGGGGCAACGCACGACCUGGCCGGCAUCCGUAUCUCUGUCUACUUCCCGGAUGAUGUGCAAAAGGUGGUGGCUUUCCUCCUGCGGCGCUUUGGGGUCAGGUGGCCGAGCCAGAAAGGGGGGCUCACAGACGAGUUCCAAAAGAUCCGGGAGCUCCGCAGAAUCACGACGGGCUCGGCUUUUGAGUCGCCGUUUGGCGGGUACAAGGCCACGCACGUCGUGAUCAAGAACCCGCCCGACUUCGACGAACACGCACGCGGUGACCCUAUUAUUCCUAUCGAAGUCCAGAUCGGCAGUGUCAUCAUGCACGCAUGGUCUGACAUUGAGCACGAUAUUUUAUACAAGCCGUCUGAUAUGGGCGAGACGUCCCCCGACGUGGUUCGCAUGCUGAACCUGAUGAAUGGCAUCGUCAUAACGGGCGAGGUAGCGCUCCAGCAGCUCGCGUCCGUGGUGGCCACUCAGACGACACGCCGGGCCGAAGACCGCACCAAGAAGGCCUUGGGGUGGGAGUACAUGACUCCGUGGCUCGACAAGUACUUCAUAGACCUCAAGAUCGACCUGCCACCCGGGAAUCAGUGGAGAUCAACGUACUGCCUGUUCGUGAUCCUCAGAGCCACCAACCAGCAUACUGACGGGAGGUUAGAAGAGCUUCUCGAGGAAAUGAAGCCAGGAUCGCAAGAGAAGUUACCCGUCAUGAUCCUGCAGCACCUCGGCCAGGACACAUACCCCUUCCAGGACCGACCCUUUGCAGGAAAACAAAAUCACGGACGCUCCCACUCUGAGCGCGAGAUACUGGGCCACGUGUCUUGUUAA